GUUGGGAAACUGUUAUGAAAUGGACAUUGGCAGUUUUCUUCAGAAGGUUCUUUUUGAAUACAACACAUGGAAUAAAAUAGUGUCAAUAGUAAUCUUAAUUAAGCCCACGCAUUUUGAAGAAUUUUAGAGAAGACGCAGCGUUCGGAAUUGACUCACCAAUAAAAUCCUCCGUCCAUAUUUGGCGCUACUGUAAUUGAUGCAUUAGAGACCAAAAAAGUACCUGCGCCAUGGAAGAAUUGCACGGUAACGAGGAGAUUAGAGUAUCAGCGAGGACAAUAAGCCCUUGGAGGAAGAAGGAUGUGCGUGGUCUCGUACCCUUCAUACUCAUUAUCUGCGGCACUCUCGUUUACUACCACUGUGUUUAUCGGAAUUCCAGUAUCGUCUCUCUCGUCUCUGAUGUCUUUAUUGUAAUCCUUUGCUCCCUUGCUAUUCUCGGACUCCUGUUUCGCCAGAUGAACAUUUCGGUUCCUGUGGAUCCAUUAGAAUGGCAGAUCUCACAGAACACUGCUAAUCGCGUGCUUGCUUGCCUUGCUAAUACUAUCGGCGCCGCUGAGUCUGUUCUCCGCGUUUCCGCUACGGGACAUGAUAAACGCUUGUUCGUUAAGCUUGUGGUUACUCUUUAUGCGCUAUCAGUUUUGGGAAGGAUAGCAUCAGGUGUUACUAUUGCCUAUGCCGGACUCUGCUUGCUUUGCCUUUACAUGCUUGUUGAGAAUUCUCAACUGAUCAGCACAUGUUUGUCGAGUCAACUAAGGAGAAAGGGCUCAAGAGAAACAGUUCAGAGCGACUAGGGUGUUUUGUUAAGUCUCCUGGUUUGUAGAUAGACCAACAAAGGUAAUGAAGGAAUAGGAACAGAUUAUAGUACCAUUGUAAAAAAAGGAAAUGAUGUAAUUGAUUCAUAUGUUCUAGCUGUUCGUGUUUUGAUUCUCUAUUGAAAAAUGUGAAUUCUUUGUGUGCAGCCUUGUGAUUUCCUUGCAUAUCUCUGUAAAUAUAUUCCCAGUCCUAAGAUAACUGGUUCCCCAGGUAACAAGGAUACAAGUUAGUUCUAGUGUGCAAAUAUUUUAGCUUUUC